GUUUUGAUGGAAACCUGGCUGAUUAUUUACAAUUUGUAAAGGAGUUUGAGAUCAUGCUGAGUAGUUUUUUAUUAAAUGAUGAAUUGAAGUUAAUGUGUAUGAUGAGAUAUUUCACUGGAGAUGCUGCAAGAGCUAUACAGUGCUGUAAGUUUAUGAAGCCAAAAGAGGGUUACUACGAGGCUAUGAGCAUAUUACGUCAAUGGUUUGGAAGACCUUCAAUGAUUGUAACGAACGUAAACGACGCUGUCAAACGUAACGGCAGUCAACUUCAAGAUGACUCCAAGGCACUUACUGGGUUUUUAGAUUAUCUUAUGACUUAUAAGAAUGCAUCGAUUUCUAUGAAUUGCAUGAGUGACCUCAACUCGAGUUUUAUACUAGAAGUAAUAGCAAGACGCCUACCUACUCGACUGCAAAGGAAGUGGGUGAAGAUGAGCUCCCGUAUGGAGGAUGAGGGUAUCGAGCCAAAGUUUGAUGAUAUCCUGAAACUGGUAAACGAUAGUGUCAAUCAAUCUAUGAGCAAGUUUGCCAGUAUAUUGAAUCUCACCCCUAGAAUAGAGCAGUCUGCGAGCAAAAUGCAAUCAUUGAUGACGAGUAGGCCUCAGAGAGGUGGAUAUCGAGAAGGCUCCAUGAUGUCUAGUAAUGCAUAUAGACCUAGUGAGUGUAACAGGUUUCGUAGUACAUCCUCAACAGAUAAGUUACAAGAUGCAAGACAAGCACGGUUGUGUUUUACACGUUUGCAAGAGGUGCAUACAAAGGUGAGCUGUGAACCAGUGAGCAAGUUUAGCGGUAAGCUAAAUGUGAAAUCAAGGUCUGACUCCGAAUUGUGUGACGAUAACGGUUUGGUCAGGAAGUCUGUAGUUGCAACUGGUAAGCCAUUGUUGAAUAGUAUGCCAGAGAAGAGAGUUACAGUUUCAGAGUCCAGUUCUGACCCUACAAGUUUACAAGGUAUUACUAGUCAGAGUGAAGGUAUAAAUUCUUUAGGGAUUUGUGAGGAAGAACCCAAAUCAUCUACUUCUGUUAUUGAAGAGUUUGAAAAUGAUGAAGUCGACCAGAUAGAUGAUGGUAAAUUGAAUAUUUGUGAUAAUGAUCAUGAUAGUGCAGAUUUGUCUUUGGUUGAUCAUGAUGAAAUGAGGGGAAUGCCUACUACUGCUAAUUUGAAUAAAGGUUCUGUACAACUACAACGUGAAGUAGAAUUGAAUGCAGAUGUAGUUGCAGAAGGUACGGAUACUUGUGAGACCGUCAGUGUAAUUGAUCAGCGUGUAGCCCACCUAUCAUCAGAUGCUAGUGCUAAACCCGAACUAGUAAUGAAAGACAGCAGUGGUGGUAAUCUUGCAGUUAGAUAAAUUUCUCAAAGCCGAACAAGAACAGCUUCUGAUCCACCGCUAAGUUCAUCAACUGGUAUCAAUCAGUCGUCGUCGUUGGUGUUGUCAUCCACAAUGAAACAGACGCCCAUCAACUCAAGUAUCUUGUGCAAUGACCAUGAUAGUAUUGGUGCAUAUGAAGAGACGAAAGAUAUUGGUCAGUUUAGUGAGGAUAAGCCAAGGGUAAACGAGAGAGUAAUUGUUAAAUUGACUUGCAUGAAUAAAGGCAUUUCUAGUUUCAAGUUACUAUUUGAAUGCUAUUAUCUUUGGUGUAAAUUACUCUGUUUCUACGCUUGGUUGACCAGAUACGUCGUGUGUUUGUCCGUCAUCUAUAUUCUACGAUAC